AUGCUUUCGAUAUCUUUUUCGGAAGAGGAUGCUAAGGGAGUAAUUUACCCUCAUGAUGAUCCGUUGGUGCUAAUAUUGACGGAAAAUGGAGCAGAUAUCAAGCGGGCACUCGUUGACGGCGGAAGUUCCGCAAAUAUCCUGUUUGCUAGGGCUUUUGAUGCCAUGAGGAUUGGCCGAAAAUACUUGACGCCAGUGUCCUAUCCCGUGAUAGGUUUCAACGGAUCGACGGUAAGACCAGAAGGUAGUAUUGUUCUUCAGGUUCGAAUGGGAGAGGGUCCGGCAGUAAGAGACGUUAUGGCGGAAUUUUUGGUGAUUGAUGUGCCAUCCGCUUACAACGCCAUUGUCGGCAGGCCUCUAAUUCAUGACAUGCAAGCUGUGGUCUCAACGUACCACUUGACGAUGGUGUAUGUAUCCAACGCGGGAACGACAGAGCGCGUACGGGGUAGUCAAACUAUGGCAAGAGAGUGUUAUGUAUCGGCACUGAAGCAGCCAGGCCGACAACCAACUUGUGAACAGACACCAGCCAAGCGAGAACGAAUUCCCUCUACACAUGACUUGGCUAUGGAAAAUUUUGAUACCCGGCCGGUAACAGCGCCACGUCCUUCCCUAGGAGGCGAAACUGUAAAGAUCGAAUUGCAGCAUGGAGUUCCCGGUAGGUUAGUGCGUGUCGGAUCCGAUAUUGAUGUCGACACACGCUGCUAUUUGGUAGAAUUGUUGCGAGAAAGUGUUGACGUGUUCGCUUUCUCAGCAGACGAGAUGCCAGGGAUACAUCCCGACGUCAUAGUACAUAAGCUAAAUGUCAACAGGAGGGCAAGACCUGUUCGGCAGAAGAAGAGGAACUUCUCAACAGAGAAAAUGGAGGCUAUUCGUUCAGAGGUGAAUAAGUUGCUAGCGGCAGGGUUUAUCGAACCUUGCACAUACCCCGAAUGGUUAGCAAAUGUGGUUAUGGUGAGGAAGCCGUCAAUGAAAUGGAGAAUGUGCGUGGAUUUUACAGACUUGAACAGAGCCUGCCCGAAAGAUUGUUAUCCCUUGCCGAGGAUAGAUAGAUUGGUAGAUUCAACCUCCGGUCACGCGCUAUUGAGCUUCAUGGACGCUUUCUCCGGAUAUCAUCAAGUCAGCUUAUAUGAGCCGAAUCGAACCAAGGCGGCAUUCAUUACCGACUCCGGAGUUUUCUGCUACAAGGCUAUGCCGUUUGGAUUGAGAAAUGCAGGGGCUACGUACCAGAAGCUGGUCGACAAGGUAUUUACGAACCAGAAAGGAAGAAAUGUAGAGGUGUAUGUGGAUGAUUCAAUUGUGAAAAUCCAUUUGGCUACAGACCACGUCGCCGAUUUGAGAGAAACUUUCGAGACACUUCGGCGUUACCGGAUGAAGUUAAACCCAGAGAAGUGCGUGUUCGGCGUGCGGUCAGGAAAGUUUCUCGGUUUCAUGGUAAGCGAAAGGGGGAUAGACGCCAACCCCGAUAAGAUUGAGGCGAUUCUUAGUGUACCAGAACCAAAGUGUAUAAAAGACAUACAUAGGCUCACUGGUCGGAUGGCCGCGUUAACGAGAUUCAUCAGCAAGUCAGCUGAUAAGGCCUUACCGUUCUUUGUGAUCUUGCGUCAGAACAAGCUGUUUGAAUGGGGGAAGGACCAAUCCAAGGCGUUUCAGGCUGUGAAGAUUCACUUGAGGUCCUUACCCACCGUUGCAAGGCCAGAACAAGGAGAAAUAUUACAUCUUUAUAUCUCUGCGUCGGCAAAGACGGUAGCGGCGGUGCUCCUGGUAGAGCGGCAAAAAACACAACUGCCGAUUUACUUCGUGAGCCACGUCUUAAAUGCUGUCGAGAGAAGGUACCCGUUAGUAGAAAAGAUCGCGUACGCAGUAGUUGUGGCCGCACGAAAGUUGCGCCCUUAUUUUGAUGCACAUGCAAUUGAUAUCUUAACGAAUCAGCCGUUAGAGAAAUCUUUGCAGAAGAUGGAAACGUCUGGCCGACUGCUUAAAUGGGCUAUUGAACUGUCUGAGUAUGUUAUUACGUAUAAACCAAGAGUAUCAAUUAAAGCCCAGGCCUUGUCUGACUUCAUUGUGGAAACGUCCUAUUAUGAAGAGGAGGAUGCUAUCGGCGUAUGGAAGGUAUUAGUUGACGGCUCUUCUGCUUCAACCGGCUUAGGAGCUGGAGUAAUUAUGAUCUCUCCCCAGGGAGAUGUGUUCGAGUAUGCCGUUAAGUUCAAGUUCAAAGCCUCGAAUAAUGAGGCAGAAUAUGAAGCAGCGUUGGCAGGAAUACAGUUAUGCAUAUCUGCGGAAGCAAGGCGUAUUGAGAUGACAACUGACUCGCAAUUAGUAGCAAAUCAGUUCAAUGGAACUUACGAGACUCGAGAGCCAAGCAUGACGGCAUAUUUGGCAAAACUCAAGAGUGUUGCAUCUGGUCUGGAUUAUUUCAAAAUAAAGUUGGUCCCUCGAGCAAUGAACACACAGGCAGACGCCUUGGCUAAACUUGCAAGUUCAAGCUUCAAUGACUUAGAAAGGACGGUUAUGGUAGAGAUUUUGAAAGAAAGAAGUAUUGAUGAACAACCUCCUAAGGACGUAUGUUUUACAACUGCGGGACGAGAAUGGUAUGAUGAUAUCUUGGCUUAA